CGCAUGUCUCCCUUUCCUGUCAAUCUACCCUGACCCCUGCCAAUCUGGCGCGGGCCAAAAAAGGAGACGCCAAAGUUGCUGCAUCCAACUAAAUCCAUUGGAAGCUUCGUGUCGACAUUGAAAACCACACAUCCAAAUGCUCGGAUUGAGGCACAUCACGAACGACAAAGCCCACGCCCACGCCCUGCCUCAAUACGUAUAACCUAUAGUCUCGAAGAUAAUCCGGCACAUGUAUAUUCUCGACCAACUACGGUUCCCUGGUGCAUAGAGGUGGUUAUCCUGCGAAUCUACGAAGCAGUAUACGACGCCGUCCCAGUCCGGCCCUAGACUCGUGGACUCCCCAGGGCCUCCUCACAGAAACUCGGCCCGCGCAACCAGUUCGAUCCAAUGCUGCCAUCAUAUGCAUCUGGAAAGUCGAAGGUGACGCCGAGACACCAUGCUACUGGCUAUUCCAAUGGUUAUCCACCUUCAAACAGGUUGGAGUUCUCGCCACACAGAUACCAACCUCGAACUGCAACGCCCUCAUUAAGACGCCGACGACAGUUUAUAUUUCGCCUAGGUGUAAUUCUUGCCCUUGGCACUUUCGCGUGCUUUGUGUGGCCAGGCUUUGCAACCGUGGCGACCCUGUUCCCAUUGAGCCUUCUUGGAAACACCGAGCUAUCCCAGAUCGAAACCGUUCGGUAUUAUGACCUGUCUAAUGUCCAGGGCACCGCACGGGGAUGGGAACGAGAGGAGCGCAUUCUUAUGUGCAUCCCUCUGCGCGAUGCGGAGGCACAUCUGAGCAUGUUCUUCUCUCAUCUGCGCAACUUUACUUACCCUCACCAUCUGAUCGAUCUUGCCUUCCUUGUCUCGGACUCCAAGGAUAGGACGUUGGAAGUGCUUGUUGAGAACUUGGAGAAGAUCCAGGCGGAUGAGGACGAAAACCAGUGGUACGGCGAGAUCUCUAUCAUCGAGAAGGACUUUGGCCAAAAGGUCAACCAGGAUGUGGAGAGUCGCCACGGAUUUGCAGCCCAGGCAAGCAGACGAAAGUUGAUGGCGCAGGCUCGCAACUGGCUUCUAAGUGCCGCCCUGCGCCCCUAUCAUUCGUGGGUCUACUGGAGAGAUGUAGAUGUGGAGACUGCUCCGUUCACAAUUCUGGAGGACCUGAUGCGUCACAACAAGGAUGUCAUCGUUCCAAAUGUGUGGCGCCCACUUCCCGACUGGCUCGGUGGAGAGCAGCCAUACGACUUGAACUCAUGGCAGGAGUCCGAGACUGCUCUAGCUUUGGCGGACACCUUGGACGAGGACGCCGUCAUCGUAGAGGGCUACGCCGAGUACGCCACUUGGCGGCCUCAUCUGGCCUAUCUUCGCGACCCCUAUGGCGAUCCCGACAUGGAGAUGGAGAUUGAUGGUGUCGGCGGCGUCAGUAUCCUUGCCAAGGCCAAGGUGUUCCGCUCCGGUUGCCAUUUCCCGGCCUUCAGUUUCGAGAAGCAUGCUGAGACUGAAGGGUUUGGCAAGAUGGCCAAGAAGAUGGACUACUCGGUUGUUGGGCUGCCGCACUACACUAUUUGGCAUUUGUAUGAGCCCAGUGUUGAUGACAUCAAGCACAUGGAGGAAAUGGAACGGGACAGGCUUGCACGUGAGGCCGAAGAAAAGCAAAAGGCCGACAAAGAGCAAAAACUUAAGGAUACUUUCGCCGACCCCAAUACCCAGUGGGCGAAGGAUAAGGCUGCCAUCCAGGACAUCGCUAAGAGCGAAAAGGAUAAAGGCGCAAACGCAGCGGACUCGGAAAAGAGCAAGGCUGCCAAGAAGGACGAUGACACCAAAGACACCUCAGUCAACGCAAAGAAAGCCAACAAGAAGGAUGACGAUGCCGACAAGCCAGCAAAGGCUAAGAAAGAAAGCGAGGCGGGCAAAGACGCCAAUGCGGCUAAGAAGCAGCAAUAGGUGCGCACUUCUGCCGAUUCCCUCGAGUAGACGAGCGGCCAUUCUGGCAGUAACAAUUUUUCUUGCUUUUAAAUUUUGCCCAUGUUGCUGGAUAUCUUGGUGUCGUCCCUAGUGGUUUCCUUUACUAACAUUUAUGAUAUCCAAGGCAAUCUGGGACCAUGGUGGAAGGGAUAGAGCACGAUUGGAGUGGACGCGGUUCUGUACAAUAUAGAGGCUCGCCUCAUGGGGCCGCUGGCUUUAGGCGUUGUCGGGGCGUUUCGUCUGUAAUUAUUUUCUUAGGUUCAGCGAAUCUCAAGAUGUCAUCUCUUGACUGAUCUUCGGACACGCAUGUUACAUAUAUGCAUGGUACCUGCAUUCUCUUUCCUCUGCAUUUUCCAUUAAUUGUCGGUGCGUCAAUCCUUUUUGCAAUGUGAG